AUGUUGAAAGCCAUUAAUCUUGAACGUUUGAAAAAGUUAUAUGCAACAUUUUCAAUUCCUCAAUUAUUAACAGAAUAUGACAUCGGAGAUAGUGAAUUAAUGCCCAUAUCCGUUGAUUCUGAUAUAAUAUUAACGAAUAAUGAACAUUUUACGCCGUUAUGGUAUUACGAUAAUACCGAAUUCGAUUGUCGAGAUGCUGAUGAAUGGGUAAAAAAAGAUAAUAAUGGAGUUAAAUCACCAGUACCUGCAAUUGUUUACUUGCCUACUAAUUCAAAUGAAGAAUUUUCUAAAAAUUAUGAUUGGAUGAAUGCAAAUGUAAUAGAUUAUAAUUCAAAAUUGAAAAUGUAUUCAGUUAUUGUAUCAAUUAAUAAUUUCACCAAAGUUUAUCCCGAAAUACCUAGAAUACAAAUACACUUUAAAGGAGAAGAUCCUAGAGAAUUCGUUAAGAGAAUCGAUUAUGCGAUUUCAAGACGAAAUUAUUGUGAAGAUAUUUAUAAGUGGUCUAUGUAUAUUAAUAAAGUUUUAAUUGAUAAACGUUCCAAGUCUAGUUCUGACAAAUUACCAAAUGAUAUAAUCAAAAAAAUAUUGUACCUAGUAUUUAACAACCAAAAAAUCAAAAAAAUGAUUCCAGAUAAAAAUAUCGUGAUUGAACAAAUUAAUAACAUUUAUCAAGAAUCAUGCCUGUCUUUUAGGCUUCAAUUAUUAAAAUCUUUAUCUAAAGACCAUCAUAAUACUCUAAAAAUACCAAAUUUUGAUUUUGAACUGUUCACAAGAAAGCUUGAUAAUCUACUUUAAUGGAUAAAAAAAAAAAAAUUUUUAAAUAUCAGUGAAGAAUUCAAUAGAAGAAGUCUAUUACAAUUACCUGAAGUGUAUAAAUCUCUCUGUGACUCCAAUAUAGAAAUUACUUUAAUAAAAAAUACACAAUUAUUAUUCACUGAUUUUGAAUUCAAUGUAACACUAGAUGAAUUUAAAAAAACACAGUUAAAAAAUAUGUCUGAAACAUUUAAUGUACUUAAAAACUUGUGGAUAAAAGAAAUAGCUUCUAAAUGUCGUGCAGCUUUAGUAAAUAUAAAAACAGGUUGGUUUAACAUUUCAAUAAAUAAAAUUGAAACUUAUGAACCAUCAAUCAAUAAGUUACAAAGAUUAAUGACGCUUAUUACUCAUAUGAUGGAAGAACGUCUUAAACAAAUGGUGUUAAAUUCAAUAAAAAGUUAUGCUAGACUAAUCGAGCAGCCUUGUAUUCCAAUGAAAGGUAUUAAUGAUGAUUUUGUUUGGGGUAGUAAUUUAAAUAAAACACCAUUUGAAGAACAUGCACCUCCGUUAUUUUCUUUAAAACUCAAUAUGAAUAAAAAUGGUGCAUAUUACUCUACUGAUCCAGAUAAAUUUGAGUUUGUUAUUGUAAGUUUAUUAAAAAAUAUGAUACUUGAAAGUCACACUAUACCAGCCAUUCAUCCCUUUGUUCUCAAGAACUUGAAACAUUUCGAAAAUCUUUGUUUAAUAUCAAUAGGGCUAAUUGACCCCAAAAUUAUUGAACUACAAGCUAUUAUUGAAAACAGUAUUCGCUUAGCUAUUAUUCCAUUAAAAGCAUACUGCAAAGAAUUUCAAAUUCAUUCACAUUUAUAUAAUACAGAUGUCGAUUCAUAUGUAAAAAAAUUCUUUGAUGGUAAUCCAUCACUAAUUGAAAUAGAAGAAGAAAUAUCAAUGCAAAUAAAAAUGAAGUUAAACCUAGAAAAGACAUUUCCUGAAACUAUUACUAUUGGUCUAUUUUUCAUAAAUAUUGAAUCGUUGAAAAAUAUAUUAAUAGUGAAACGGAUUGGAUUAGCUGAUUUAAUUAUGAAAACACAUGCUAGUUUAACGACUGAGAAAAUAGAAAUAUGCUGCACAGAAUACAAAAAGAUGUAUCAGAGGCUUAUUGAAGUUCCAACAACAGUAGAACAAGUGUUUGAAAUAAAAGAAUGGAUAGAUACUUUGCCAAUUUUAAUUAGCGAUCAGUCUGAAAUCGUAAGACGAUUAUUAAAGGAAAUGGAAAUGUUAGAUAAAUUUUUGUGGAUAGUAGAAGAUGAACAAAUGAAAUUAAAAUUCAACUCCCAAAUUUGGCCUUAUAAGAUUCAAUUAAGAGUAAAAGAGGCUUUGGAAAAUAUAGAAAUAAAUAUUGAACAAUUUGAAAAGAUUCAAAUCGAAGAUGAAUUGUUAUUACAAGAUAAUGUAGAAUACUUAAGUAGUGUUAUUUUAAAAUUAACUAUUGAAAAUGAUUUAUCAAAAGUUAAUGAAAUUACCGUUGAAGUAAACAAAAAUUGGAAACUUAUUAAAGAACUUCAAUUAACUGGUCAAACUUUAAACCUAAGACAAAAACUCUUUGGUCAUACGGUAACUCCCUUUGAAAACAUCGAGUAUUUAGUGAAUGAAUUUAAACCAUAUAAAAUAUUAUGGCAAAGUGCUUCAGAGUUUUUUAAAUUAAAAAAUGCUUGGAUGCAAAAUCCGUUAAUAAACAUUGAAAAAUCUACAAUAGAACCUUCGUUAAACAAUUUAUUAAAUAUUGUCACAAAAUCUGUUGAACAAUUCGCUGAAGUACCUGGUACUUUAAGUGUAGCCAAUGAAAUAAAAACACAAAUUGAAGAAUACGUACCAAUGGUACAUUUAUUGAGUUAUAUACUAACUCAAGGGAUGAAGCAAAGGCAUUGGGAUAUAUUUACUAAUAGAACUGGAAUAAAAAUUAUAUUAUCACCAUUGCUGACUUUUAAAAAAUGUUUGGCAAUGGGGGUUCAUAACCAUGUAGAAGAGAUAAAACAAAUAUCAGAUAAUGCUUCAAAAGAAUAUACAAUUGAAGUAGCUUUAAAUAAAAUGAUGGAUGAAUGGCCUAGUGUUAAGUUACAAUUGUUGCCUUAUAAUGAUAAAGACAUGUAUAUAUCAACAAUAUCAGAUAAAGAAUUACAAAUGCUCGAUGAUCAUAUUUUAGUUACUCGACAGCUAUCAUUAAGUUCGUUUAAAGGAAUAUUUGAAGAGCCAUUAGCUAAAUGGGAAGAAGAAUUAAAACUUUCAAAAGAUUUUAUUAAAGAAUGGAGCGAAUUUCAAAAGACAUGGUUGUAUUUAAAAUCCAUAUUUGACAAUCCAAUGGUUAGGGAUCAAUUACCAGAGCAAAAUAAGAAAUUAUUCAUUUUUGAACGAAUAUGGAAACGAAUAAUGAAAAUUGCAUUAAAUAAGCCUUGGGUUAUGAAGAUUGGUUCAGAUAAACGAUUAUUGGAGCAAUUAAUCAAGAGUAACAUUCAAAUUAAUAAAGUUCAAAAAGCAAUUGAAUUAUCUCCAGUGGCUCAGCAAAUAAAACACAUGGACACACGGUUUUUCAAUAAUAGGAUAAAAUAG